UGGAGUGAUGAGUUCAUUGUGUGCAUUAUGACAUCAUAGAUUACAAGACAACUUGGUGCUGCUAUUUUAAGAGAACUUCAACAGUUGGAACUAAAUUCUAAACAAAAUCUGACUUUUUCUGAAAAAAUGGCAAGUAAAGGAAUGGUAAAGGAAGAGACUUUGUGGGAAAAAAUAAAAAGUAAAUUCCCCUGGGCCAAAAAAGAGGAACCCCCACCUCCACCACGACCAGCAGCAGUGCAGACUAAACAGGUUUCUCCACAAAAGAGAUUGGAGACUGCUCUUUUCCUCCAAAGAUGGUGGCGGGGUAUGCUGGUCCGGCGGUCUCUCUUUUUUGCCGCUGUGUGUGCAAUAUCAAUCCAGAGGUGGUGGCGCCAACGUGUCUUUCAGCUCAAAGAGGAGAGGAGGAUUAGGGCCUUGAUGAUGUAUGUUUGGCCUGAGAAGUCGACCGUCCUCUUGCAGUCAAAGUUAAGGAUGUGGCUUAUAAAAACUCAGUUCAAGAAAUAUCAAAAGGCAGCCCAGGUUAUUCAAAAUAACUGGCGGAAUUAUGUUCUUCAGCAGGAGUUCAGCAACUAUUCACUCAACAGCCUGGGUUAUGAUGGCAUAGAUUUGAAUAUUGAUAUCAUUGUUGAUUAACAAAAACUCAGGAACAAAGGAGAAAAGUAUUUGUAGAAUACAACUCCAAUCAAAUCAAUCAAUAAAUAAAUUUCAUGAG